GAGCGUAGGAAGGGCGGGGACCCGGAUGUGUGUGGUGGCGGCCGCCGAAGAGCUAGUGAGCGGAGCUGAGAGGCCUAUGGAUGAGGAGGACUCGGAGGCCCCGGUUUGUUCUCAUGAACAAGAUGGAUGACCUCAACCUGCACUACCGGUUUCUGAAUUGGCGCCGGCGGAUCCGGGAGAUUCGAGAAGUCCGGGCUUUCCGAUAUCAGGAGAGGUUCAAGCACAUCCUUGUAGAUGGAGACACUUUGAGUUACCAUGGAAACUCUGGGGAAGUUGGCUGUUAUGUGGCUUCUCGACCCUUGACCAAGGACAGCAAUUAUUUUGAGGUGUCUAUUGUGGACAGUGGGGUUCGGGGCACCAUUGCUGUGGGGCUGGUCCCUCAGUACUACAGCUUGGAUCACCAGCCGGGCUGGUUGCCUGACUCUGUAGCCUACCACGCUGAUGAUGGCAAGUUGUACAAUGGUCGAGCCAAGGGCCGUCAGUUUGGGUCAAAGUGUAAUUCCGGGGACCGCAUUGGCUGUGGCAUUGAGCCUGUGUCCUUUGAUGUGCAGACUGCUCAGAUUUUCUUCACCAAAAAUGGGAAGCGGGUGGGCUCCACCAUCAUGCCCAUGUCCCCGGAUGGGCUGUUCCCCGCAGUGGGCAUGCAUUCCUUGGGUGAGGAGGUGCGACUGCACCUCAAUGCAGAGCUGGGCCGCGAAGAUGACAGUGUCAUGAUGGUGGACAGUUAUGAAGACGAGUGGGGCCGGCUGCAUGACGUCAGAGUCUGCGGGACUCUGCUGGAGUACUUGGGCAAGGGAAAGAGCAUCGUUGAUGUGGGGCUGGCCCAGGCGCGGCACCCACUGAGCACCCGCAGCCACUACUUCGAGGUGGAGAUUGUGGACCCUGGAGAGAAAUGCUACAUCGCCUUGGGGCUGGCCCGGAAGGAUUAUCCCAAGAACAGGCAUCCUGGGUGGAGCAGAGGGUCCGUGGCCUAUCAUGCUGAUGACGGCAAGAUCUUCCACGGCAGUGGUGUCGGGGACCCCUUUGGGCCCCGUUGUUACAAAGGGGACAUUAUGGGCUGUGGAAUCAUGUUCCCCCGAGACUACAUUCUGGACAGUGAGGGUGACAGUGAUGACAGUUGUGACACGGUGAUCCUGUCCCCAACGGCUCGGGCUGUCCGGAACGUUCGGAAUGUCAUGUACUUACAUCAAGAGGGAGAAGAGGAAGAGGAGGAAGAGGAAGAAGAUGGGGAAGAGAUGGAGCAGGAGCAUGAGGGCAAGAAGGUGGUGGUUUUCUUCACCCGGAAUGGCAAGAUCAUUGGGAAGAAAGAUGCUGUUGUACCUUCCGGGGGUUUCUUCCCCACCAUUGGAAUGCUGAGCUGUGGGGAGAAAGUCAAAGUCGAUCUGCACCCCUUGAGUGGCUAG